CACAAACUAGGUGGCUCAAAACAACAGAAGUGGAUUCACUCACAGAUCUGGAAGCCAGAAAUCCACCAUCAAGGUGUCAGCCAGGCUGGGCUCCCUCAGAAAGCUGCAGGGGUGGGUCCAUCCUGGCCUCUUCCAGCUUCUGGUCACUCCUUUGCUUCCUGGGCAUCCCGAGGCUCGCAGCUGCCUCGCUGCCAGCUUUUCCCAUCACAGGACCUCCUCCCUCCUCUGCGUCCAAAUCUCUCUGACCUUGUAGGGACACUGGUCAUACUGGACGAGGCUCUGCCCUCCUCCGCUGUGACCACAUCUGAACUUGAGGACAUCGUCACGUCCAAAUAGGACACAGUCACGGGUUCCAAGAGGAUGUGAGUUUUUGUGGGGAUUCUAUUUAGCCCAGGACAACUACCCUGGGAAAGAGUGUAGACAGAGAAGAAACCUGAUGGCUGCAGAACUCUGGGUCCCGUGGCCGAGAGGAUGGAGAGGGGGAGCUGCCUGGUGAGGAUGGCGUGGAGGCCACGGCCACGGCCGCUCGCGAGUCCUGGGAGAAGUGAUCAGCUGCUGAGAGGCGACUGACCGUUUGGCUUUGGAAACGUGGAAAUCAAGGUCAACUCCAAAAAGGCUCUUUUCAGCCAAAGCACCAUUAGGUUGGGCCGAAGGCAGAGUGGGGACAGUGAGAAAGUAAAAACAGCAGGGACAUCGUGGGACUGCUGAUGGGAAGACGACAAGUUCUCCGAUUGCCUGUGUCUCGCCUCCAGACCGUGGUAGCCACGUGGCUGUCCUCCACUUCGAGUCCCGCUGCUGUGUUCAGGCUUUGGGGCAGGAUCCCAGCUGAGGGCUAGAGUCCAGGAACACAAAGCUGAGGACGAAGCAGUGUCCCCUCUCCUGGAGCCCCCAGGCUGAGGGAGAGAGCCAUCAGCAGGAAAUAUUAAAAUGGACCUUCAAAAAUGCUAGGUUUACAAUGAGACAUGUUAUAAUUCAGAGUUUGCUUUAUGGAUCCUUGACACUUGGGGUCUGGACAGCUCUCUUUAGUAUUUAUUUUCACCGUAAUAAUGUGAAGAACCAGGAGAAGAAAAUCCAGACGGAAGGAAAUCCAUUGAUUUGGUCCCUUGGGAAAAAACUGCAAGAGCAAAGUAUCCAUGGCUCGAUGCAAAUACCAAGACCCCGUGAAAGGCUUAAUGAAGAUGAAACUGAAGAACAAAAGCCAAUUUCUGUAUUAGGUAAGGAUUUUAACUAUACGGACACAGAACUUAUUUAUGGAUAUAUGAAAUAUGGCUUUAAUCACAUUGUCAGUAAAAGCUUGGGCAACCACAGAAAUGUGCCAGAUAGCAGGAAUAAAAUGUGUCAUCAAAAACAUUACCCAACCAACCUCCCUACUGCCAGCAUUAUCAUUUGCUUCCACAACGAAGAAUUUAAUGCCUUGUUACGGACAGUGUCCAGCAUCAUGACUCUCACGCCACAUCAUAUCAUUGAAGAAAUUAUUUUGGUAGAUGACAUGAGUGAAUAUGAUGAUUUGAAAGAGAAGCUGGACUAUCACUUGGAAAUAUUUCGGGGGAAGAUUAAAGUAAUAAGAAACAAAAAGAGAGAAGGGUUGAUCCGAGCACGGCUGGUGGGAGCCUCGAGAGCAUCAGGGGACAUUCUGGUGUUCUUGGAUAGCCACUGUGAGGUGAAUAAAAUCUGGCUGGAGCCCUUGCUGGAUGCCAUCGUCAAGGACCCCAAGAUGGUGGUGUGUCCUGUCAUGGACGUCAUUGACUAUGUCACCCUGGAGUACAAGCCCUCUCCCGUUGUAAGGGGCGUUUUCAACUGGCAUCUACAGUUCGAAUGGGAUCGUGUUUUCUCUUAUGAGAUGGAUGGACCAGAUGGACCUACCAGACCUAUCCGGUCACCCGCGAUGGUUGGAGGACUUUUUGCUAUACAUAGGCAUUAUUUUAAUGAAAUUGGACAGUAUGACAAAGGCAUGAAUCUCUGGGGAGGAGAAAACCUGGAACUUUCUCUAAGGAUUUGGAUGUGUGGAGGCCAACUAUUUCUACUCCCCUGCUCUCGAGUAGGACAUAUCAAUAAGCCUUACUUCACAAAUCAAGGUGAAAUUAAGAAAGCCAUGGCAUAUAACAACCUCCGCAUUGUGCAUGUCUGGCUAGAUGAAUACAAGGAGCAGUUUUUUUUACAAAACCCUAGGCUGAAAUCUCUUGCCUACGGUAACGUUAGUGAGCGUGUUGAAUUAAGGAAACGAUUGGGUUGCAAGUCAUUUCAGUGGUAUUUGGAUACCGUCUUCCCAGAACUGGAGACAAGUAACAGCAUCUGAUGAAAGGAAGACCAAUCGUUUUUGUUGAUAAGGUGGUAAAAAGUCCCCCGAUCCUUCACCAUAGAGAAGAAGACAAAUUUGGAACACGGCGAAAUACAGUAAGAAAUAUAACCCAGAAUGGUC